UUCCCUGGAUUUGAUGACCUCUACUGCAAGUUCUGCUUCGUCUAUGGCCAGGACUGGGUUCCCACAGCGGGCCUGGAGGAAGGAAUCUCCCAGAUCACCUCCACGAGUGAUGUCUCACCCACCACACUCGUCUGGAACUUCCCCAUCGACAUCACCUUCAAGAGCACAAACCCCUUUGGCUGGCCACAGAUUGUUCUGAGUGUCUAUGGACCUGACUUCUUUGGAAACGAUGUGGUCAGAGGUUAUGGAGCUGUUCAUGUGCCCUUCACACCUGGAAGGCACACGAGAACCAUUGCUAUGUUUGUUCCAGAGUCCACAUCGAGGCUGCAACAGUUUACAAGCUGGUUCACAGGGAGACGUCCGGAAUUUACCGACCCCAAGGUGGUAGCACAGGGAGAAGGACGAGAAGUGACCAGGGUGAGAUCUCAAGGCUUCGUGACCAUUUCCUUCAACAUCAUGACCAAAGACCUGAAGAAGUUGGGCUACGACGUGAGCUCCAGUGACAUGCAGAGCCCCUCACUGGGGCCUGUGCCUCAAGGGCUCCACAAGUACUGA